UUACAGUCAUCCAUUCCCGCGAAAAGAGAAAUGCCGAUCCAGCUCCAACUACUCCAAGUUCACUCCCUUCACUUCCCAUCGGUCUGCUCGUCUUCUUCCAACCCAUCAUCGUCUGCUUACACUCCUCCUCUCCCUUCUUCUUCUCACUCCCAUUCUCCUUCUCUUUCUUUUACUUCUGGUCGCCACCCUCCACUCCUUCGCUUCCGUACUUCCUACCGCGAAAAUCUGCGAUACCUCAGAACCCUAGGCAUUAUCUCCAACAGAGAGGUCCCCUCCCCUGAAACUCUCCAGAGCAUUCUCUCCAUCAUCAACUUCUUCAAAUCCAAGGGCUUCUCCGAAUCCGAUUUCCGCAGACUCUACUUCCUCCGCCCUCAACUCUUCUCCCCCAGCCUCGAUCCCGCCGAUUUCGCUCCCGUCUUCGAGUUUUUAGCCACCGAAGUCGCAGCGUCUCCUGCCGAAUCCUGUGCUCUGAUUCUCCGGUGCCCUGGAAUCCUCCUCUCACACGUUGACUUAUGCCUGAGACGUACGCUUCUCUUCCUCAGAGAAUUGGGGCUGGAGAAGCUCAAUUUGCCCACCUCCCUCAACGCUCAUUUGCUCAACACUCGCGUCGAUAAACUUGAAGCGAAGAUUAGGUUUUUGCAGAGCUUAGAUUUUUCCCGUGAGGAAGCUGCUAGGGCAUGUUCUCGUCUACCUGCGAUUUUUGGGUACAGUAUCGAGAAUAAUAUGAGACCCAAGUUCAAGUAUUUGGUGAAAGAGAUGGAGAGAGAUAUCCAAGAACUAAAGGAGUUUCCGCAGUAUUUUGCCUUCAGCCUGGAGAAACGAAUUAUUCCGAGGCAUUUACAUUUGAAGGAGAGGAACGUUCGGAUACCGUUACAGAUGAUGCUGUUGUGGAAUGACGAGAAAUUUUAUACCAAAUGGAAGUGAAACUCGGAAGCUGUACAGAGGCCCUAAAUUGCAGGGAAAACACACUAAUUCUCUAACUAGUAUUGGGCUCAAUUUAAUUUCGCUACGCCACUCUUAUUAUCAUUUGUCCUCGGCAAGUUCUUUACAGAAGGGGAAAUGGAGUAAAACAAGAUUGCAAAUUAGUAAUGAA